AGAGCGACGUUUAGAAUUGAGGGACUACCGCUGUUGGACUCUUUUGGAAAAACUUUCUUUUGCUUCCUUCGAUCCUGAAACUCUCUUUUUGUGGAAAUACAAGCUCACCGCUCUCAAUCGCCUGCAAAGAUGCUGCUCCUUCUCCUGGGAAUCGUGCUCCUGCACGUCGCUGGUCUGGUUCUCCUGUUUUUGUCAACAAUCAUCAGCGUUUGGACGUCGGGGGAAACGGGCACCUCAGACCUCUGGAUGAACUGCUCCACUGCCAAUGGAGGAUACCACUGUGACCCGGCAACCGCUGGAGAGUGGAUCCAGGCGGUCCAGGCCCUCAUGAUCCUAUCCAUCAUCUUCAGCUGCCUGGCUCUCUUCCUCUUCUUCUGUCAGCUCUUCACUUUGCAGAAGGGCGGACGCUUUUUCCUCACUGGAACCUUCCAGAUCCUUGCCAGUCUGUUCGUGAUGAGCGGCGCCAUCAUCUACACGGUGAUGAGUCCGCAGUGGGUGCCGGGGACCGACGCCUUCGGCUACUCCUACAUCCUGGCGUGGGUGGCCUUCCCUCUGGCGCUGAUCAGCGGACUCAUCUAUGUCAUCUUGAGGAAGCGAGAAUGAGCCGCCGUCACUCCAUCCCAGUGUUCCCAGUAACCCCCCUGCCCGACUGCAAGUGUCAUCAGUCCCACUCUGAAGUUAAAAAAAUAAUACGUUUUGAUGCCUGAGUACCAACGCAACCAGAUCACAUCGAGGGGGGGGGGGGGUAAUACCAACAAUCAACAAGCAAACCAACCAAUACUGUCUCAGUUAAAAGAUGUAUAUAGUAUCUAUGGUUUAAAACCUAUUUAUAACACUUUUUACAUAUAUGUACAUAGUUGUUUGUGUUGCUCUGUCAAUGGAUACAUAUGAGCUUUGUGUUAGCUGAUUAAGUUCCUCAAUGUUUGUUUGUAAUGAUGAAAUAAUUCGAUGCUUCCUUUUUUUGCCUUUUUUUGUUUCGCCAAAGAAUUACGGAGGAAAAAAAAGAAGGAAAAAGAAGCAACAUUGUGACUUCAAGUAUUUUAACCAAAGUGCAUGUAUAGAAAUAGAAGGGUUAGAAGGAGACAUGUGUUGACGGGCUUGCUUUACAAAAAAAGAGUGGUAACAUCCCUGGAGGUCGCAUAGCCAGGAACAUAUUGAUUUGGUCCUUUUCUAUAUUGUGAAUUUUCAAGUUUCAAUGUUUUUAUUUUCAGUAUUUUUCUAUUUCUUAUUUUCAACAAAAGAUGGUGCUAUGUAUUUAUCAUUCCUAUUACUGAUAGCAAUCAUUUACAACAGAGUUACCUUGUUCUUGUUUAGAGUCAAACAGCCAUUAAUUAAAGUGGGAAUCAGACAGCGGUGCAACCUGUACAUACAGCGCCUGGCUGCUUCUUUAAGGAACAGUCUAUUUCACAUUGCAGUGUCUGAUUUCUCUUUUAUUCAUCAGCUACUGUAACAUGGGUGACUGAGUUUGGGGUGGUGCACUGAUGAAAUCGAAACUGAAUGUCAGUAUUAUUCUGCGGGUUUGUGAAGAGUUGGAUUACAGUGAAAUUACUUCAUAUUUACUUCAUAUUUGACCUCUUUUUGCCUUAAUUGUAGCCCCGUUCUGAAGUUUGUGUUCACCUGGCUGUUAAAAAGUAUAAAAAUGCCAAAUUGCCUACUUAGUAGAAUACCUUAAAUAAAACAACAAUGUGGGGCAUUAUAACCUCAGAAAGAAAAAAACAAGUAUACAUUUGAUAUUACCAGAAAGAAAUGCCACUGAGUUUGAAGCCAUAUAAGAUUAUGUCAGAUGAUGGAGGGAAAUAUAUGUAUUAUUAACUCUAUGUGUGAUGAAAAGGACAGAGAGGUUUGCAGCGAUGACACAAAUUUUCUUUUUCAAAUACUUGAAGUUUGACAUGCUGCCAUCUCUGCCCACUGACGUCUACAAGUUGUUUUUUCUUCUUCUCUUCUGUGUAAAGCUCUGCAUAACAGAUGGUGAUGAGAAUCUAGCCUAAAAAAGAAUUCACUUACUCAAUAAAACUUACUUUCACAUUA